UAUGGGUCAAGACGUUCACUUGGGAUACCCGCUUUUAAAGUAGAACCUGCAUUCGCGCGGCCAAGGGAAACCAGGUGCCCUCAUUCUUAAAGUGCUGGUGCCUAGCUACGUCUUUUCGCCGACGUUUUUUCUUCGCCGCCUUUUCUUUCCUUUUCGCUCUUCUCAUUCGGUUGCUGACGUGACCAAGGCCGUGGGCUCAUAACCACUGACUGGGCUCUAUACUCCGAGAGCACAGCCGCCAAGAUGUCGAGCGAGGUCAGAGAACACAUCGAGGAGCAUGCGAAUGCACUCAAUCCCAAUCAUGAGCAGCGAUCGUACUCUCGCGGUCAGGUCAUCCUUCUCCGCAUCGUCGCCACUGUAUCAUGGCUGGUGCUCGUAGUAACCAGCAUCUACUAUGCCUUCGAGAAGCCCCACGAAGGCCAGUACAAGCGGCGGAAGAUCUGGAACCAGAACUGGGCCCACCACACUCCCUUUGCUCUGAACGCCAUCAUCGUCAGCAUCUACUGGAUUGUUCUGUACAUUCUCCAGAUCCCAUAUAUCGCCUCUCUCUACAGUGCCGACCUGGCUUCCGAAACGCUGACGACAGCCUGCAACCUCGCCAGCACGUUCACGUACCACAAUCUCCUGCAGUUCGGCUUCAUCCACCUGUGGUGCCGCUCCUACUUCGGCUGGGCCCUGCUCCUACAGAUUGUUAACUUUUUCAAUCUGACGUUCGCCUACUUCAAAUAUCCAAAGACCACCAAGCUGACCCACAUUGCCGUUGUCGCAGCACCGCUUGCCUGGACCUUCGUGAGCUUGUACUGGACCGGUGCUGUUGCCGUCCAUGCCAAGCACCUGGCAGCGAGGAUCGUAGCCAACGUGUUUGUUUGGACCUGGCUCGUCUACGGAUAUUUCUAUCUCAUCGUCUUCAAGGACUGGGCGCUGGGUUUCUCGCUCUCCGUUCUAUCCGCUGCCCUUGGCGUUGCUCAGUUCCUCACCGUCAUCGUUGCUGUGCAAUGGAUCGAGGCCUUCAUCAUCAUGGCGCUUCUCUUCCUCGGCUCGCUUGCGAUAGCUGUACCUGGCAUCUUCGGUAAGGAUCCAUUCAAACGGGCCGAUGGCGCUGGCGGUGACCGUGAACGCGAACCAUUGCUCGGGGGUGAGAAUGCGUGAUUCACACACACAUACGAACCGCAUAACGACAAGACACCUGGCUCAAGAUUGCCGAGAAAAAUUGGAAGCUCCAGGGUGAAAUUUUUGGGGAGAUUUUCUUAUUCUAGUACGGGUAAUACAGCUCUCUUCUCUUCUGGACGAUUUUCGUUGAUCAAUCAAUUUGAGCAUCAAUUUUCGAGCGUUCUGGUGGUGUUGGACACCUAGUUAAUUUCCUUCCAUUCAAUCUCAGCUAAGGAAGUUGGGGGCGAAAAGAAAAAAACACCAACGCAUUCAUUGUUAACUUCAUAAUAUUUUUUUUUCUUCAAGCACCGUCAAGCACAUUACCCCUGUCGAUGUCAGUUAAAACAAUAGCAUGAGUCACGCAGCUUUUAGGUAUUCAAUAUUCUCCAACUCCCUUACAGAUUUGAGCCACCUCUGGUCUUAAGAGUUCUUACCAAAGCUGCACCAGGCCAAUAAUCG